AUGGAGCACAGCAAGAUCAAGACCAAGGACUCCGAAGGCAAUCCCACCGACAAAGGACUGAAGGCACUCUUGGAGACGCUCAAGGGAGCGAUCGCUGUUGUCAAGCUCGUGAAGAUCAAUGAGCUGUGUGGAGACGAUCCCAAGAAUCGAUGCGGCAAUACAUCAUUCGCCGAACAAGACUUCAGACGGCUAGAAGAGGUUGGCAGUGGUCUUAGCCAGCAGGAGCUAGUGUCGGUCCUCCGCUUGGUGAACAAUGACUACGACUUCGAGAAGAUCGCCAAUGCGAUGAGGAUCCAAUUCCCUCAGGCAUCAGGCAAGCCAGUUCACCGGCGAGACCUACUUGCUUGUGGCCGCACUCCAGCUGCACGAGAGUCUUCCGUCGGAGCUACAAGCUGGGCAAGGACAGACCUCGAGAGCUAUGGUGACGCCUUUGAGUACUAUGACGAUGAGGCCUACAUGGAGGAUGAAGAUGAGGAGUAUGAAGCACCGACCUUCGAUGGUGAGGCCUUCUGGGAAGAUGGUGGAUUGGAGGCACUCGCACAAGACCUCCAUGAAUCAGAAGGCAAUGAAGAGGUGGCCGAAGCCCUCGCUAUUGUCAUGCAGUUCAAGAAGGGCAAGAGCAAAGGCCAAGGAACAGCGCAACACCGCUGUCAAGUUCUUGAAGUUUGUCGCCGCUUGCGCAAGCUGUGGCCAGAAAGGCCCGCACUCUCACCUCCGAAGAAGAAGAAUGAUAGCAAGACGACCUUCUUUGUCUUGCGCGAAGGCAUCGAGUCCGACGAUGGGAAGGAGAUCAACGCCACCUUUGUGCCAUCGAAUGCCUCCUUUUCUGAGAAUAUGCAAGUCUCUGCGGGCCUGUGGGUGAGGAGGUCACUGCAUGAGGAUGCGCCGGGCAAUGCUUUGGAUGAGCCCAAUGAUGUCGAGCAAAAGCGAGUGAUUGCUCCCACUGGAUCUGUGAGCAUCUUGCCACACUACAUCGACGACGAGCGCAACUACAAGGACAUUGGAUCUGCACCUGGAGCAAGUUUCACUAUGCAUGUUUCUCCAAAGCCAGCGCGUGAAGUGCUGAUGGUGCUGAAGGACACCCAGGUCUGUGAGCACGGCUCAUACUUCGGUGGCAUUGAACGUGAGUUCCACCGGGGCGCAAAUGGCCAUACAAGACACGCGACCUGCAAGGACCAGGAUUGCAACAAGACCAUCAUCGUGGCUAAGCGCAAGGACGCCUCCCAACUCUGGCGCUACCUGGUCCAGAUCGCACUACGCACAAAGUGGGGCAGGCAAGAUCUCGUGAGCUCUUCGCAAAUGUCUGCAAGGCACGAGACAAGGCACUUGCCGAUGAUGAGGAGCGACGAGCAUUCCACGAGGCUAUCCACGACAGCCAGUUUGUUCUGCCACCAGACCAUGAAGAUGGCGCUUGAGGAUCAACCCAUAGCACCGGAAACCUACCGCUUCGCCUUCUACCUGUUUGACAGGGAUGGUCAUCCCGAGAUGGUUCAACUCCACGACUUCGAAGUCCUCAUGGCUUUCGAGAAUCUCAGUCCGAGAUUGCGAACGUCAAUGGUGAGGAUCACCAUGGAGCUAGAAGCGCCUGGUGGUCUGCCAUUGCUCCUCUCUCGACCUUUCAUGGAGGAGCUUCAGACCGUCAUUGACAUUGGCGCCCGCACCGUGAGCUUCAACAAGAUCGGUGUCUCAGGACUUCCUUUGGUCCGCACGUCCCGAGGCCAUCUAGAAGUGAGCCUGUUGGAUUUUGACAUGGACUCCAUCCAGGACCAGUCCCCUGAGCACAAGAGCAACGACCAUGACAAGUCGAUGGCUCAGGACAUCGCUCCAAGAUCCCCGACACAGUCAGAGCUGGACUAUUGCAUCGGCCCUGACAUGUUCCAUGACUAUGACGGGAUGAACCCCGGUGACUACCACGAUGAGACGAUGGCACGUGAGUUGUUUCUUGAUGAAGCCCGAGCAAUUCGUGACGCCUAUGAACGUGAUCUACGAGGAUCUGAAUCUGCGGCACCUGCACCAGGUGAGCGUGGGCUGAUCUGUGAAGAUGUGAACUUCAUCGACGACAACCCCGAUCAGUUCAUCGUCAUCUCCGGUAGCUUCAAGAAGGUGUCCACGUUGCCGGUCUAUGGCAAGACCUGGAUGAAGCAGCUCUUCGCUGGUCAGAUGGGCCUAUCUCUUUUGGCCAUCAUGGACCCCUACUUGACCGUCAUCACACAGGCAUGUGGUUUUUGGUGGGGAAAUUGGAGCCUCUUCAACUUGGCCCGUGGUGGACACGCUGCUGUGACCAUCAUGGAUCUCCGAGAAGCCAACAAGCCCACGCUGUCUCUCGUCAACAAGAUCACAAAAGACCGUAUCAAAGCAAAGAGGCAUACAUGGGUCAAGCAGCCUGAGUGUGCCGACAUCCUCAAUUUCAUCGAGGACAGCAUCCUCCUGGUUCUCCGAGUGGACGGCUGCCAAGUUGGAUACAAAGAUGCUGAGAGCGGACUUCUCAACAAGAAGCCUUCGCUCUAUGUCACCACCCUCUUAGCCUCUGUCUGGCCUCAUACUUUGAAUGAGAUGGUUUUGCAAGCUAUGGUUCAACAAGCCUCAGCCGAAGCGACUGCCACCUACAACACUGCAGAAGCCUUUCCUUCGGAAGUACGCCCCGCUGAAGGUCCACCUGGUGAGCGUGAAUCAAAGAGAAGAAGAAAGAAGGGAAGAGUCGCGCAGCUUGUUGGCCAGUAUGCUGCCCCACCGGUCUAUGUCCGACCUGAUCAACCUGCGCUGGCACUACCAGAUACCAAUCUCCCUGAAGAAGACCAAGAGGCCGAACCCGCAGUGCCUCCAUUGGAUGAUGCCUCCUUUCGAGCUUUGCAAGCGGCAGAGCUGGAUCCCAUCCUCAACAUCACCGAGGGUGAUAGAAGACGAAGAUGGCUAACCAUCUCUCUGGAGAUCAGGAAGAUCCUUCGAGAUCUACAUGUCCAGUUUGGCCAUCCGACCAACAGCACUCUGCAGAGGAUCCUACGCUUGCCCCAGUCGAUCCAAUUUGAUCGUGGCAAGGAAUACCUCGCCUUCUUCAGCGGCUACCUGAACGAAUUUGGUGUGGAGCGGGAGAUUGUUGAGAGAGCCGGUGCACUCUGGAAGGAUGUCUUCUACAAGACCGCCCAUGAGAUGCAACUUCAAGGGCUCGAAGAUGUGAUCAGGGCGACCACCAUCGUGAUUCAAUACCGGAACUCAUUUCCACGACCCAACGGCUUCUCACCUGAUCCGCAUUCCUGGUUCACUACUUGA